AUGGCUUCAGCUUUUCCUAAAUUACCUGGUUUUGUACCCACUUAAGAAUUAGAUGUAAUACAAUCAUUUAUCUAUCUAAGAAACCAAAUUUCAGAAAAGUCUCAUCUAAUAAACAAGACUAAAAUAGAGAAAUUGUAAUUAAUUGAAAUUCUUACAUUUUUAUAGAAACAACUGCCAAAUUAAGAAUAUCCUGUCCCUCGUAAAUAACCAAUAUAAGUCCCAUCAUAAACAGGAAUGUUUAACCCUGAUUAUUUAAGCACAACUCAUGCUAUGCAUUUACCUAAGGUAUUCUUUUUAAUCAGUUACAUUAUAAGAAUACAACUAAUGAUUCUGAAGAGCUUUAUUAACCAACUUGGGUUAAGAUGGAUAGACAUGUACUAAGAUUUAGUGGAUACUUUAAAGAAGCUGUUGUUGAAUCAGCCUUAGAAAAUUACAGAAUUAGAAAAUUAACAAUAUUUUACUAUUUAGAAGACCAUUCAAUUAGUAUUACAGAACCUAAGUAAGAAAAUAGUGGUGUACCAUAAGGAGCAUUCCUUAAAAGAUAAAAAGUAAAACUAUCUUUCUAUUUAUUCUUAAGGUUUUAAGAGCAGAUGGAUCAAAAACAUUCAUUAUACCAGAGGAUUUUAGAAUUAAUCAAGACAUUUAAAUAUUCGGAAAAACAAUCAGACUAUAUGAUUGUGAUCAAUAUACAAGAGAAUUUUAUGAGGUUUCAUUAAAUCAGUUCAUUUUUAUAUUUAGGGUAUUCAAUAACCACAAGAUCAAUCAUUUACUCCUUAACCAGAUUUCUUUGAAACCAAAACUAUGACCAAGUACAUUCCUUAGAAAGAUACUGUAAUGAAAGACUAUUUGGAACAUAAAUUAGGAGGAGGAAAAGUUACAUCAUAAAAACAAUUCCUCGAAAAUGAUAGAAAAGUAAUUAGCAUAUUUUUCUACUUAAGGUAUUAAAAUUCUAUGUGUUUUCUGAUAUUGAAUACGUCUUACAUUAUUAUCUAGCAGAUGAUACUAUUGAAAUAAAAGAAAUAAAUUCUGCUAACUCAGGUAGAGUUCCAUUUCCAAUGAUGUUAAGAAGAUAAAAAUUACCACGUAAAUUCUCUCUAAAUCAACCUGGAUAAACUUAUGCUGAAGAUUUCAUUCGACCAUAGGACAUCUAAUUUGGAUAACCAUUAAUUAUUUACAAUAGAAAAUUUGCCAUAUAAGGUUGCGAUCCUUUUACAAGAAAUUAUUAUUAUGAAAAGUUUAAUGUAGACUUUCCCUUAGGUGGCUAAGAAGAAUAAUUAAUGGAAUAAAGAUCAAGUAUAUUCUUUAUUCUAUUAUAUUAGACAUUAUUAUUCCUCCUCAUAAUGGUAUUGGUGAUGAAUAGGAUUCUUUAGGUUAUAUCUAUAGAUUGUAACCAAAACCACCUAAAAAAGAUUUCUUUAAAUGGGUUGAUAAUCAAGUAAAUUUGAGAUUUUUAGCAAUGUUUAACACUACAAAACCUGAGGAUAAAGAUAGGUCAUCAUAUUUUAAUUUAUUUUUAGAGUUUUUGUAAUUACUUACUUUUUAAAUGAUGAUAGUCUUUUAAUUUAUGAACCAACUGUUAGAAAUUCAGGUAUUUCCAAUUCUAAUUUAUUUUAAGGUAUUCCAGAUGGUAAAUUUUUGGAAAAAAGAAAAUACAAAAACUCUUAUAAUAAUAAUGAGUUUUUCUCACCUAAAGAUUUAAUUGUAGGAAAUGAAAUUAUGAUUAAUGGAUGGAAAUUUUAAUUACUAGAUUGUGAUGAUUUCACUAAAAAAUGGUAUGCUGAAAAUUUUAAGUGAC